AUGCAUCGAGGCCCUUCGUCCUUCGGCCAUGCUUGCACACCUAAAAGUGCUCGUUCGCGGUCUCAUGCCAUGCACACAAUCAAUCAUGACGCCAGCCGUGGCUUAAUCCCUGUCCAACUGAAAUUCAGCCCCAAGACGAAGACGACGACGCUCACAUGGCCCGCCACAUUCACUGCACAAUGGAAUUUACACAAUUCCAAUUAG